GUCAGCUCCUCAGAUUGAGCCCAGUUACUUAGCUGUAGGGCUAACAGACAGCACUGCUCAGAGAGCUACAUGGAUAGUUAACUUUUUGUAUCAUUUUAAGGGCGUUCCUCUCGUCACGCUAGCAGCCUAGGAAGUGGAAUAGUCUGCACACUGUUGUGUUUUCAGUCUGCAACUCACCGUGAAAGGACGACGAGAGGUCUGAAACUGGAGCUAACGUUGGUUAGCUAGCUAAUGUUAGCCUGCCAACGCAAUGGCAUUCCUGUGUAUCCCAGAUGAUGUUAGUCACCUCUGCCUGUAGAGACCAAGAUGACUGAAGUCCAGGCCACAGUGGAGUUCGCUGUGGAGCUCCACAAGUUCUACAAUGUGGACCUGUUUCAAAGAGGGUUCUACCAGAUCCGUGCCGGUCUGAAGGUGCCACCCAGGGUUCCACACAAAAUUGAGACCAGUCUGCUUCACCCAGGAGGCUCUGACCUGGCAUUUCCUGCUUCAGUCCAAGAUGAUGUCAUCUGCAGCAAAACUUUCCAAAUCCUUUACAAGAAUGAAGAGGUUGUGGUCAACGAUGUCCUCAUCUUCAGAGUGAUGAUGCUGCUUGAUGAGAAGAAGGUGGGAGAGGCCCUCAAUGACAUAGAUUUCCAGCUCUUCUUGGAUUUAUAUUUCACAGAUGGUGAUUACACGCCGGAUGAUCCAAGCUCUCUACAGAAUAUCAGCGGCCGCACCCUUCGUUUGCACUUUAGCCUUCAGCGAGGCAUCCACCAACAUGUCAACGUCAUGUUUGACUACUUCCACCUGUCUGUCAUCUCUAUCGCCAUCCAUGCCUCCCUAGUGGCGCUACAUCAGCCCCUUAUCAGUUUGCCUCGUCCAGUGAAAACCACAUGGCUGAACCGCAACGCUCCACCACAGAGCAAAGACUCAGUCAUCCAGCCUCUGGAGAACGUGGUGUUCGGCAGCAGUUAUGUCAAGCAAGUAUCACAGGAUGGCAGGAAGUUCCAUGUGUCUGACGGCUGUCUGCAGCAUGCCUUCAGUCUGCACCACGACCUCUGCUCCAAUCUCCUGCUCGCCUACCAGGGCCUCUUCGACUACUUCACAUCUAUAACCAAGGACCUGCCCUCCUCCCAUCGUAUGGAACUUGCCAAGCCCAGCAUGCAAGUCCUAUAUGAGAGAGUACUCAGAAGACCCUAUCCCCGAAGUCAAAGGCACGUCUACAUAGAACAACUGGAUUUAGAGGCCCGUCUAGCUGAGCUAUGUGAACAAGUCAAGCAGAAGGCAGAGUCCCCUGACGAGCUGGCAGAGCUGGUGAACAUGAACCUGGCUCAGCUCUGCUCUCUGCUCAUGGCACUAUGGGGACAAUUCCUAGAGGUUGUGUCCCUGCAGGAGCAUGUCGCUGCCCUACUAGCUAUGGAGCACCAUACACUAAGAGUAAGGCGGUUUGCUGAGGCUUUCUUUUGUCUUGAACAUCCCAGACAAUCUGCUCUAGCUUAUCAGGAACUACACGCUCACAGCCACCAGCAGAUGACUAAUGCUAUCAAAAGCUCCAGCUACUUCUUGUCUCUGCCUCCACUUCCAGUGGAAUGUGCAGACCUUGAUGGUGAUGUAAGCUCCCUGCCAAUCAUCUUUGAGGAUAGAUACCUUGAUUCUAUCACUGAAGAUCGUGACGGACCCUGGCUGGGCAUGCACAACACGAGGACUGGCUCAGUGUCCAGCAAAAUGGACAAGCCUAACUCCAAGGACUGUGGUGCAGCAGCCAGCCCCAUACCUGAGACUCAGUGUGCCACUAUGGAUAACACCUGGCCAGAUAGCUUUGAUCCACCACCAAAGUCAAAAGGCAAGUCAGUCAAACUGAAGAAGAAUUCAAAGACCGAGAACUCUAAGAAGCUGAUACGACAGGGCUCCAAAGACACUGUAGUGCUGGUGGGCUAUAAGAACCUCAAAGCUCCUUAUGGCGACACCAAACACAAGGAAGGAGAAGCUCCCCUAAACCAAGAAGAGGAACCCGAAACCUUUCAGACAGAUACAAGUAGUUAUUUAAGGACUAGUGCAAGUUCAGUUUCUGACUCUGGGGCCACGUGUCACAGUGCUGCUGAUUUUGUUACAGAUGACAAUACAACUACUGCUGCUUGUCCAAAAGGCUUUUUCAAAAAGCCUGCAAACUUGGAUGCACAGAACAAUCCUCAGGCAGGUACUGGGGGUAGUGCCACAUGCAACCAACCACUAGAUGAACAAGUUUACCACGUCGAACAAAAGCAACCAGAGUGGCCUGCUGGGCCUAAGCAAAUUGAGGUGAAACCAAGUAACAAUGACCCAUACCGAGGGGACAAAGUAACAGUUCUCUUUCCAUGUCGGACUGAGGGAACUCUGAGCAUCCAGACAGACCUCUGUGACUCAAAACCGUCUGUGGUGGACUCUGUGUUUGCACUGGCAGCCCAGCAUAGCCAGUCCUGCCUGGUGUCAGUACAGGUCAAGAGUGAUAGCAUCAAGCUGCCGGAUGUAGGAGCCCCGAAUCCCUCGUCUCGUUUCUCAGAUUCAGGCAUUGAAAGUGAGCCCAGCUCCUUUGACACUCAGUUUGGUCAAGGACAUCAGACGUGUAUCGCUGAAUCAGGUGCUGCUGCCCCUCAGCCUGAGAGGCCCCUCCUAAACCCCGCCCCACGACCUGUUCAGCAAUACCAUCAAAGGCCCAGUGUGGCAGCAGAAACUCCUUACCCAGAAAAUACCAGUGGUGUCAGUGGAGUCCUCUCUCUCACUUCCAUCAACUCCUUGCCCUCAGAUGAUGAGGGCGAAGUUUCCUCUCGGGGCUCCGGCGCAGGAGGCAGGAAGUCCAGUGUUUUGGUGCAGGAGCAGAGUGUAGUGUUCUCUGGGGAUGACGCUAGCAGACCUGCCAUCGGCAUGUCCUGCAACCCCAUGACUGCACGUGAUUCCAAACUUGUAAAACCUGCCUUUGACUCAGGAACAGGUCCCAAAUCAACAGGUGUCUCUGAACUCGGACUGGAGGGAACAGCUGGUUCUGGGGCGUCUGGUAGUGAUCCCCACACAACCUGCCCAUCCAGUAACUCCGCCACCAGCAGCACUGACAUAGUGAAGCGGGGGAUGGUGGAGAACUACUUUGGCUCACGCUCUAGCACAGAUGUGUCCGAGAUCAGCCCUUUAGAAACAUCUGCCAUCACACUGGGAAUCCAUGCAGGUCCGACGGUCCCGGACGACGAGGAUGAACCGGAGCAAGACAUGAUCGAGAACGGCUACUACGAGGAAGGCGAUGGCUAUGCUUUCGUCAAUGGUGUUGCAGAUGAGGAGCAGAGUGGGGACGGGGACGCAGCGGCUUCAGAAACGAGUCUUCUGUUUGAACAGCUUGGCAUCGGCUACCCCCAUGAAACAAAAGAUUUGUCAAAAGCUCCCAUCUGCUCCAACCUAGCCUCCAGCAGUGUUGGCCACAGCUUGGCCAGACCUCCCUGUCCCUCCACCUCCUUUUCCUCCGGCCUGCGCUGGUAUGAAUGUGCACCCAAACCACAGAUGAAGGCGUUCAUUAAGGGUAAGGAAGAAAUGAAACAGCUCAGGCUGCCUGGGUUCUUGUAUAGUGAGGUACCUGAGCUGGCGUCCACUGUGCCCUACUUUAGCUUGGAGGAAGACGAAAGCUGUGACGAAGGCAUCCAUCUCAUAGUCUGCGUCCACGGCCUGGACGGUAACAGUGCAGACCUCAGACUGGUGAAAACCUACCUGGAGCUUGGACUGCCUGGUGCUCGUAUCGACUUCCUCAUGUCAGAGAGGAACCAGAAUGACACAUUUGCUGACUUUGAGUCAAUGACGGACCGAUUGCUGGAUGAAAUAGUCCAGUACAUUCAGAUAUACAACCUCACAGUGUCAAAGAUAAGCUUUGUGGGCCAUUCUUUGGGGAACCUCAUUGUCCGCUCAGUGCUAACCAGGCCUCGGUUCAAAUGUUACCUGAGCAGGCUGCACACCUUCCUCUCCCUCUCUGGACCUCACCUGGGCACACUGUACAACAGCUCUGCUCUGGUCAACACAGGCCUUUGGUUCAUGCAGAAGUGGAAAAAGUCAGGGUCACUCUUGCAGCUUACGUGCCGUGAUAACUCUGACCCUCGCCAAACUUUCCUCUACAAACUCAGCAAGAAAUCUGGUCUGCAGUUUUUCAAAAAUGUGGUGCUUGUGGGAUCACUGCAGGAUCGCUACGUGCCCUAUCAUUCUGCUCGAAUAGAAAUGUGCAAAACUGCAGUAAAGGACAAACAAACAGGUCCUGUGUAUGCUGAGAUGAUUGAGAACCUGCUGCUGCCCGUACUCCAGAACAAAGACUGCAAUCUAGUACGAUAUGAUGUCAUUCAUGCCCUGCCCAACACAGCCAAUUCCCUUAUCGGCCGGGCCGCCCACAUUGCCGUCCUCGAUUCUGAGAUCUUCUUGGAGAAGUUCUUCCUUGUCGCAGGCCUCAAGUUCUUUCAGUAGAACUGUGGCAGAAUCAGACCGAUUGCUGAGACAGCAAUGUGGAGCUAAUACCUCACGGCAUCUAAACCUUUUUAUGAUUAUCAUAUGUGGAUUAUCUCUUGGUUUUUAAAUACAUAUAUUCACUUUCAAAUACAUGUGAGCAAAAUCACAAUUUCUUUCAUUACAUGUUGUUUGUAUCGAAAUCAUGGUGGAUAUGGACAUUUUUAUUUUUCUACUGCCAUCUUUAAAACAUUGUUUUGUUUUUAGUGUUUGGAAAAUGAUUCCCCCCCAUCAUAUGCUAUAUUUUCAUUGUUAUUUAUGUGUUUUGUUAAUGCGUUUUAAUUAUAAUUCAAUUAAUAUUAGAUGCUGAACUGGAAAUGUAGCUGCUACAAAAAAUGAAAUGGCUGUUUUUGUAGAGCUGGCCCAUGUCACGUCUGCACAUACUGUCAUCACGAUUGCAAAUGUUUUCCACCAAUUUUAAGAGACACUGCAUUGAUUUGCACCACAACUACAUUUUACAAGCUUUUGUACUAAAAAGGGUCAUUUGUACAUGUUACUUUUUUUAUAAACAAUUUUCCAUCAUUUUUAAUGAAAAUGAUUGCAUUAGAAAUAGGAAAUGUUGCUCAGAUUUCACAUCCUUUGCUUUAGUCUUAACAUUUUAUGCUGUCCUUUGCCAUUGCAGCAUUCUGCACAACAUUUACCCAAACUGGUGUUGGGAGAAUAAAGCAUUGUCUACAACAUAACGUUUUAUUACAGGGGUUUUAAGCAAUGGUCAUGAUUCAGCAAAAGCACAUGUUGGUAAUAUGAACGUCUUUUAAUGAAAGUAUUUGCUUGAUAUCAUUUGUUGAUCAUGUGUUUGAACUGGAAAGUAUUGCUUGGAAUAUAAAAUGUUUCUUGGAAAAUUGUUUAUAUAUCAUACAUCAUUAAAUAUGCAUAUUAUGAAGCUGA